AUGGUUGCCUAUUCUCCAAUUAUUGCCACCUUUGGUAAUCGUGCGGAACAGUUUUUGGAAACAGACUCUGAUUUUGCCAGAUAUCAUGCCAAAUUGAAUAAGAAAUUGCAGCAUCUGAGAAGCCGUUGCCAUUUGAUUACGAAAGAUACAAAAAAGUACGCGAGUAAAAAUAAGUAUGGCGAAAUUAGCUCCGAAGAUUAUGAUAAUAAGACUAAAUUGAUUGGUGUUUUGAUUUUAUUACAUGCUGAAAGAGACCUGGCAUUGGCCGAAACUUUGAAACUAAGAGCUCGCCAAAGGGGCAAGUUGAAGAAAAGUGAGGAAAAAGUUCUUUCCACAAGAUUAAAGAAGGCAUGCAAGACUGCUGACAAAUUAGCCAACGUUACCCAAAAUGAAUCUCAAUGGAUAACUCGUGUUCAAUACUUGGCCUUUGCUAAAUUGACUCAUGCGGAAUAUUUAAUCAAUGGGAAGAGAUUCAAGAGGAAGGAUAAUGCCAAGAUUUCAAAUAAUUUAGCUUUAGUGUUCGCCACUUUGGAGCACUUGAAAAGUUUAAAUUUAUUGUCUGAAGAAGUGACGGAUAAUAUCAUUGAUAAAUACCAAUACUCUCUCAAGCUGUUCGCGGGCAAUUUAAUGACAAUGCCCGAAAUUAACAACUUUAUCGUGGAAAGAGUUCAAUCCGAGGAGAAUAAGGAAGAUGAACUAGCAAAACUACUAUUGGACAAUAAAUUUGAUAUGAAAAAAAUUACAACUUCUACUGAAGAUCAAAAGGCUACCACCAAUAUUAACUGGAGAUCAUUCAACGCCAAGAUAAUUGAUGCUGAAGUGGCCCAAUUCUUAGAACAAGGGCUCUCCAUUCAUCCAACUCAGAUCCCCCAAUAUACCCAGAAGCUAUUAAGGUUGGAAAAAGCCUUAGACCUUCAUGAAAUUUACAUUGCAAAUCACGGUGAUCAAGAUGAUGUAGAUGAAAUGGUUGAAAACAGUUCUGAGAACAACCAGAUCAUUUUGGCAUACAUUAAAUACAAUAUUCUUUUGACAUCUAUUUCCCGUGAGAGAGACUUAUUUUCUCAUCUAUGGAAUCAAUGGUUGAAAUUGAAUACUUCGAUACCAUCGAAAUUAACUAAGUUCAAAGAAAUGGCUCGUAUUGUGAAAAAUUUGACCAAGUAUUUAUCGGAAAUCAUGGAACUCCCUGGUGUUUACUCAGAUGACGAGUUGCUAAGUCAACUAGAUCUAUGUAGGCUUUAUUUCCAGCUUUUUCUGAAUACUGGUUGCUUGAGUGUUUUAUAUCAAUCGAAGGGUAGAUAUAUGGAAGCACUAGCUCUAUAUGUCGACGCCCAUCAAAGGUUAGAAAACAAGUUAUCUGAGAUUGGAACUCUGGAUGAAAUUUUACUUCCAGCAUCUCUUCUGUCUUCAAAUUACAUCCAAGGCUUGCAAAAGAGAAUCGAAAACGGCGGUAACAGUGUCAUUGCGCUUGCGGAAUACGAAAGAAGUAAUCGUAGUGAUAACCUGAAGAGAUAUGAUUUAACGGUAAUUGAAAAAUUGGAUUGUAGGAAAAUAAUGCCAACGGAUAUACAAUUGAAGAAUUUGUUUCCGCUCAAACCAAAAGUGUUGCCUGUUCCUAGUAAGCCAACUCUAUUCGAUUUGGCUUUCAAUUACAUAACAUAUGAGAAACAAGAAACUCCAUCACCUCAGGUGAAAAAUUCCAUCGUUGAAAGUAACAGUCUCUCUCAGACAUCAACCGCCAAUGAACAAACAGGAAAAGAACCAAAGAAGAAGCGUGGUUUCUUGAGCCUAUUUGGUCGUUAG